UAGAGAUACCAUUUAUUAUUGAUGGUUUAUUAUGUGUUGAUAAAUUAUAUGUAGAAAAAAUAAUUCAUUAUGCUAAUGACAAAAUGAUGACAAAUUUUCAACGUAUUGAUGAGCUUUCAGAUAACGUUAAAAAGAACUUGACUUCAUCAGAUAUGGCGCGUAAUGAAGAAAACCGUAACACCGAUAUGACAAAUGAAAAUGAUAGUUCAGCCUCAACAGAGUUCCAUUUGGACGAAGAAUUUUAA